AUGUUCGUGACGAAAGAGAACACCCCGACGGCACAGCUCAAGACCCCGCAAGCCACGCACUUGCAAGGCAGCACCAUUUCCCAUUCAGCAAUGCGCCAAGAAUCAGCGAGCCGCACGUUGCAAGUAAAUCUGUUCAUUUGUAACGUCACAGUCUGGAUUAUGUUCGUCGUCGCAGGAGUAGUGAUGGCUUUCGCACUCCUCGCAAUGGAUGAGCUACGUUACGAGUACCUCAACAAUGAUGACAUUACGUGUGGCUCGGAUUAUAUCGCAGAGCCUGAUGAUCUGUGGCUGGGAAAUGAUGAAAGUCUGGACCGAUUUCACUCCCAGUGCCGGCUCCUAUACUCCUGGACCUACAUCCUCACGGUGGCCGGCUCCUUCAGUCUGGUUCGGACAUCAUUGCUAGCCAUCCCAGUUGGAAAACCGACGUACUGGACGAUCAAAUACUCCCCAGGAUCUCUCAUGGAUCGCAUCUCAACGCCGUCUCGGGUGUACUGCCUACGCACCCUUUUCUCUCUGAUUCCGGGGGUACUGUAUACCGUCUGUGUUAUCAUACUUGCUUCGAGCCAUCUCAUAACAGGACCACCCGCAGACGAUGCAUAUAGAAUCAUGUACUCAAUCUGCCUGGGUCUGGUCGCCUUCAGCAUGGUGGCUUCAUUGCAUCAAGCAUUCUCGACGGGCUGGGCGAGUUGGACGGAAGCGAGAAGAUGCACGGAUGGUAUUUGA